AGCCAUGGUGGUUCAGCCGUCUGUUGUUGAAUGGUAACGGCCCGUCGUAGUUUUCGAAAUGCAUUCCAUGAUGACAUACGCAAGCCUCAUCAUGUGGUUAUUGCCCCUGCAAGGGGUCGGAAUGCGCAGUCAAAACAUGCGCUUGGCUGAGGGAGAUAGUUUGCGUGGUAACAAGUAUUUCGUCAUCCUCGCGAUCUAUCCCAUCGGGUCAACCUUGCUCGGCCCGGGCAAACAUGCCUUUUCACAUUCUGAGGUGCUCUGGUGUGAGGCGGGGAGCUUUCCUGCAUCCAGGGCAGACUUGCUCCGCGAGAUGAUCGCCAAGGACCUUGGGGCAGAAGAACGCCCGUACACAAAGAUCCCGACGGAUUGGUGGAAGGAUCAGCCUUGGGCGAAGGGCAUCACUUGCGACGUGCUUACAUUUGGCAAAAAGGGCGACGCUGCUCAUAACGUCUCCUGCUCAGGCGUGAAGACACGGAGCGUUCCCUUCGCAGACCACGUCCGAGGGAAAAAGAGUGGCAUGGAGAAGUACAUAUACGGGAUCUCAGACUUCAGUUUGGAGGCCGCCAGGACCGACAUGUGUCGUUGCGGAACAGACUGGACACGAAACUCUUACAGCCUAUUCACGCACAAUUGCAACACGUUCUCUGCCAGCGUCAUGAAGUGCGCCUUGGGCCUCAGCGACCAGCAGCCCUUGGGGUGGAGUUCCAUGUCGCCCUCAAAGUGCUGCGACGACUCGACCUCGUGGCUGUUUGCGCCGACGUAGGCCUUACUCUCGCUCAAAGGAUGGGGGGGGGAGAGAUGAGAGAUGGCUUCUGUUUAAACGCGGGGGUUGCCAAAGAUGCUCCUGGACCAGUGCGUUCCUCGCUGUCCGUUUCAUUGUGGAGCCCCCUCCGGCCCCGUGGGCCUCGUCAGCUUUUCGGGGGCCUCCCGGAAAAUCC